AUGGCGCUGAUACCGACUCGUCGACUGGGUAAGAAUGGACCACAAGUAUCGGCCAUUAGUUUCGGGGCCAUGACUCUAUCCAUUGCGCCUGGGAGCACCCUCUCGGACGAAGAACGAUUCAAGGUGAUCGAUCGAGCGAUUGAACUUGGCAGCACUUAUAUCGAUAGUGCGGAUAUCUAUGGCGACAAUGAAGAACUGCUCGCAAAGUACUUCAAGAAAUAUCCCCAUCAACGUGAGAAAGUAAGUUGA